AUGGCGGCGAACAGGAAGGGUGCCGCCGAGCUCUUCCGUCAAAUCCAAACAGACCCCCGUGCUCCGACUGAAACACUCGAGGAGGCAGAUCGGCGAGACCCUGCUGAUCCGAAAUGGGGCCAUACUCCAGAUAACCGGCUUGAUGACCAGCAGUGGAACGCCCGGUUUGGCUCGCUGUUGAGUUGGGACACGGUCGAGUCCCUGAUCCAGAGAAGAGGUGCCACACGUGUCCAGUACCAUGGCCACUUCUCGGAGAACAAGGGCCAAUGGCUGCUUCCCGAGCCCCGAAAACGCAAUAUCGCCGGACGAGUAGACCACUACGAGUAUGUUCCUAUGUGGACCGACCCCGACUACGAGUCCGAGGAGCGCAAAGCCGCGCGGGCCACUGCCAGCUUCGUCGGUAGACAGGUUCCAGGCAAAGGCGACAGGCCUCAGUCGGUCGGACCGACACAGUUCGCUAAAAAGUACGGAGUCUACCCUGGGCGUGACGACGGCCGGUCUUUGCUGUCGCCCGUAGACCCGACAGUCAAACUCGACAACGACAAGACCUUUUGGUUCAAAAGGUCAUGGCAACGGGAGGUCGACAAGGAAGCUCUUGUGUUUGUGAGGCAGUAUAUUUUCGAGCCCCAAAGGAACCCAGCAAACAUCCUGCCCGGCGAUAACAGGGAGUUUCGCAUUUUUCUCGAGGCCAACAGCCAGACCGUUGCUCCCAGUGUUACAAACGGUAAAAUACCUGGAGCCUGUCCGCCGGAGCUGUUCAAGGCUUGCCUCGAGUUCCAUAACAACUUGAAAGACAAGAAUGGCCCCAGGGAGUAUCAACGUUAUAUGUUUGGCGGAUUUGAAACUGAUGAGGAUUUUAUUGACUUGAAGCUCAUCGAAAAUGGUCUGUUCGAUUUCAACAACGACGUAAGCGCAAAUCUUGUACAACCGGAACUUCAUCAUCUAAUUCAGCGUGAGAAAUGGCAAAACAUUCAUCCUAUCGCCGCCCCUCGAGAUCAACCUCGUCAAUUCUGGAGAUUUCUCGACAAGGAUGAGACUGUCAAUCUGGGAGAAUGGACAGCCUCCGACGACAGAGUUUGGAAUGCUCUGUCGCCCGCGCUCCAACUGCUCACACAUAUAUUGAUCGUCGACCCUCCGGCCUUGAAGGGCUUGCGCAACUUGUACACCAGGUUCCAAAUCGAUCCACAACGGGAUCCUUGGAAUGCGGUCUUGAAGACUCAAAUUCAACCGUCCGGUUUCCAGGGCCGGGUGGGCUGGGAAGCGGUCCCCAACGAUGACAGGUCCAGAUUCGAGGGUCUGGCAGCCCUGCACGCGGCCGGUGUCGAUCUCACCACAGGCGUCGAGGCAAUAAUGAGACAUUGUCUGAGGAUCAGUAUCGGGUCAUGCCACCGUGGGAAAAAAGUGCCUCCGCAUCAAAGAGAGCCUGCGCAUGGUAAUACUUAUAUCCACGAGAACGGACCAUCCAUCAACGACACCGAAAUUCGAAUCGUCAUUGGAGCGGAGCUUUUGUGGCCGUUACUUUCUCCAGAUACGACGGAGUCGGAGAAGAUCAGUUGCUCUUUUGGAGUGGCGUGCGCUCUUCUUCACGAAUUUGCGCAUGCAACUGAGUUAGCAUGCUCUUUGCUUCCCAAGAAUCCGGGCGCCAUCCCGGGCUUGUUGCCGGCACAAGCCGCUCAAUUGGCAGCUCUAGGUGACACUGUGUUCGGCGAAAAACUGCAGCCCAUAGCUGGCUGGACCAAGGAUGACUUCAGCCAGCCUUUCUUCGAGGAUGAGGCCGUUGCAGAACCUGGACAUGCCAUUAUUAAUGACACUUUUGGAGGAAUCGUCAACAGACUGCAGCCGUACUUGAGCGCUCCAAUGCCUGAGUCCUUGAACCUGGCGAUUACAGACUUGGUUAGGGAGCAAUGGCCCCCCGCACUAUCUCGCCCUUGGUUGAGAAGCUCAGAAUUCAACCCGAUUUUGCUGUCAAACCCUCAGCUGCCGUUUGCUGAUAUGCACACUGCCCUGCCAUUCAAAUCCUACCUGAAGUAUUUUCAAAGUUCCUUCUGGGAGCGGGAAUGGAUGGCCUUUGGAUACGAAGCAUUGAAACUCUACAGCGACGGAGACUUGAAAGCAAGGGGCUCGGGGGCCCCAAAGGCCACUGUGGACCCUGUGUCGGUGCCAGAGGCUUUGCUUCAAAACACUUUCGGCGUACACAGAGGCACUUUCAUUCAUAAUGCUUUGGCCAUCCUGGACAAGUUCGGCUACCGCGAUCUGACCCAGCAUCUCAAGGUCCUAUUGAGGAUCCGACUCUGCCAAGAGUACACAAAACGUCGCUGGCACGUCGAGCGCAGAACGUGGCCCCAGAUGCGCAAAGAGAUGGAUGACUUGACAAAACAGCUUCAGAAAACAGGUGCCGAGUUCCUUGCUAUGUUUGAUAUAGCUCGGGGCAGCGACGGAGCCGUGGAGACUUGGCACCAGGGCGAGGUGGCUGCAGGCGAACUCGACAACCGUGACUUUCCUUCUCCCAGAAAAUGGGCCGAAGUGUACUGCCGAAAACCAUUCAGCGGUGUGCUUCUCAAUUUGCGAAAAUUGGAACGCCUCUGCCUCACUCGUCUAUGCUAUUUCCAGUACCUGGCCCGCGAGUAUAUCACGCUAGGGCUAGUGCAUCGGUCGGCACUGGAUGACAGGCACAGCGUCCAGCUCCUCAAAGAGAUUAAUGCCGGCAUCAUACAUGUAUGCAGGUCAGCAAAACUCGCCGGCGCCGCCCUCGUCGCACACAUCAAGGCCCAGGAUCCCAUGAGCGGCAUCUCUGUCGACGAUCUCGAGGCCCGCUUGCAGCGGAUCGAGACCCUGACGCAACUCCUACUAAGGACUAGAGACGUCUUCACAACCAAGCAUGACCCGCAAAGGGUAUCAAAACAGUGGCCCAUUUAUGCCACGGCCGCCAUGUGGCCAAACACAGCCCUCGAUUUCUCCCGCAUGGCGGCUGUCACUGAUUGCGAGCGGCUUACGGAUCCUUAUCUCAUCCUCAUCGUCCAGGAGCUCCGCAGUCUGAUUGGUAGCCAGACUGGGCUCGGGUUGAGCAUUCUGCACACGCACGGAUUGAGGGUAGCCCAGAAAGCGUUGCAGGAGGGGAAGCUGCUUCUCACUAACACCGGCGAAGACCUGGAAAUGCCCAGCCCGACCGACGAGGACGCCGAGAUCCCAGACCCGGACGCUGCAGACUCGGCUGGUCAGAGGUCCGCUUCAGCCACCACCACUACCGACGCGGCUGCGACUGGUUCCGAUUCGACUUCUACCAGCACGCUCAACCCGACUGCACCGGUCUUCUCUACAAUUGCGGCGACUUUCAAUCCCAUCUUGCAGGCCGUCGACCCCUUUGUGCAAGCCGUCAACCCCUUUGCGAAUUACUUUGGCCCCGGGGGAGCUGGUUAUGGUGCACCUCCUGCAGCAGAUCCUAUGGACUUGGAUGAGGAAUGGCUUGAUCCUGCUUACAUCCCUGACGAACACCCCUCUCCAGAACCAGAAGUUGUGGAUCUUGACAAUAGAAAUUCUCGCAAGGAUUAA